CUAGGUUUUCCCGCCGGCCUUAGCCACCAUGCCCGAGCACACGCCCGCCCCCACACCUGACCGGGCUGUCUAUGGAUUCGCCCUGUAUCUACUGUUCGGUACCCUGUUCGUCGUCUACGUGAUUUGGGCGUUUGUGCCCCAGUUUAUUCUUGAAGAUAUGUUGGGACUGACAUAUCUUCCUGACAAGUAUUUCGCCCUUUACGUGCCCAUCCUGAUCCUCUGCGCUACAACAUUUUUCGCGUUUUUCAUCUAUCCCGGGUUGAAUAUGUCCUUGACGCCAAAUAUCGACGAUCAGAUGAGUAUCCGCGACUCAAAUUCAAUUAUGAGGUGUCAGCACCGCGACGAAGGAGGACGAAAGUGUGAUAAUCAAGUGAGGCAAGAUAUGGACAGUUGGCGCGUGAGAAAAUUCUGCGAUAUACACGGCAAGGAGCAGUCUGGAGAGGGAGAGGUGGAAGUAGAGGAAGAAAUAACGAACUGGUGCGAUUGCCCCUCUGCGCAUAACUGCUUACUUCGAGAAAAUUCAAGUCACGUGCAGCAACUCAGGGCCAGGAUCAAGAUUCCAGCGAUCUCUGACAUGGACUUGGCUGAUGUGUGCAAGGAAGUAUUUGGUAAAUAAACAUUUUAAGAUUUAUUGUUACUUAGCGGAGUAUUUUGUACAAUACAAUUUGUUGGUUUUCAAACGGCA